UUAAAUACAAAACCAAACAGAUCCUCGCCCACGACAUAACUGGCGCAGCCGGAAAAGGAACCUAAAGGAGAUCCAGGACAUCCAGAGGAAGGAUAUGAAGAUCACCGGGAUAUUCUUAAAUAUUAUACUGCUGACGUUAGUCAACAGCCAGCGACUAGAAAUAAAUAGACUAGGUGAGGAGCAAACCCUCAUUAAGCUCAACAUGGGAACGGCCCGGACAAUAACAUCAUUUAUGACAAUCAAACACCUGAUCCACCUGGAAGAAUACGAAGCUACUACAGACAAAUUACACGAAUUAAUUACGAACCUGCCGGACCUGCCGAACAUCGUCGAAAUAAGAACACUAUUACUUAGGAAACUUAAUCAGAUAGAACAGAAAUUAACUUCACUUCUACCUAGCGAAAGUAAUAGCAGACCUAGGAGAGGGCUCAUUAACGGACUAGGGACAAUAAUCAAAACGAUCAGCGGCAAUAUGGAUGCCACUGACGAAGAAAAAAUUAAUUCCGAAUUAAAACAAUUGGGGAGGAACGCGGAAAAUACAGCGCAAUUUCAGAACGAAACAUUAAUAAGGUUCAUGGAAAUCACAGACCACAUAAACAAAGAGCAGGAGGUCAUAAAUAAUUUCAUCAAUUUUAAUCAGAAUAGGAUAUCUAAGGAAAUAGAUACAGGACUCCAAAAUCCAGAAUUGAAUAUAUUUUUUUGACUAGAAUCAAUAUUAACUUAGAUCUUCUCUACACACAUUUGGCAAAUAGCAGAAAGCCUAUUAUUCGCAAAACUCAAUAUUGUUCCCAAAUACAUCUUAGAUAAUGCUGAGAUACAAAAAAUCAAAAUGUCAUUAACAGAUCAAAACGUUAAGAUUAAGGCAGACUACGAAGUUUACAACCUACUAUCACUCGAAACUAGCACAGAAAAGAAAACAAUUGUUUUUGAAAUUAAAAUACCAAUUUUGUCUCCAAAUAAUUACACACUGUACCAAAUUGUAACCAUACCGUUCAACGGGACGGAAAUUGUAAACCUACCAAAAUUUAUUUUAGAGGAUAGAAUAGAACUUAAAACACUAAACACAAAUUGUAUUAGAGUUAAUGAUUUAUCAGUUUGCGAAACCCCCACCGACCCCGACAACCCAGAAUGCAUCCAUAACCUGCUAGCCAACAAGACAGCGACAUGUACCGUGGUGGAAACCAUAACCCAGACACGGAUCUACAGCCCCAUAGAAGGACUCCUGGUUAUCCUCAACGCAAGAGACGUUAAUAUGACCUCCGAUUGUAUACCGAGCAAAAGUUUGAGCGGGUCGUUUAUUAUAAAUCACGACAGUUGCUCCAUCACCAUCAACGGUACGAAAUAUGCCGACGCCACCGUCACAAUGACCGAUAGAUGGCAGAUGGAUAUAACGAAAACCAACGACGUUAAAACCAUGCCAGCCAUAGAACCCAUCAACCUUCAACAACUGCACCUCAGUACACUCAAAACCAAGUGGGCUAUCAACACCAUGCAGAGCAAAGCGGCGGACCACUUAACAACGAUAUAUAUAUUGAUCGCAAGCUCUAUCGUACUAGCAAUCGCCGCAUGGAUCUGGAGGAAAGACAAGAUUAUCUAUGCAACUACUUCCCUGCCAACCACCGGAACUCCAGCUAUACCUUCGUUGUGGCCCUCGUUCCGUCUUGAGGGGGGAGGAGUUAUCGGUGACGGCACAAGCAUGCCUUCACCUCCCCCGAAACCCCCACGGGCAGCGACCUACAUAUGAGACACUCAACCCGGACACACACCGCAGCAAAGUCAUCAACCCACACUGGAUCAGCAGAGUCAGGAUUCCCAAGAAUCCAACCGAAGCACUGGAAGGGGCAUCCGGAUAAAAAGUGCCGACGCAAGGGGUUUCGCAGACCAAAAGAAUUGUACGCU